UCAGAAAUAGUUUACAGUUUACGACACACACAGUUUACAGGUAAGACGUCGCCAUUGUCGUGUGAUUUCUCGCUUCUCGUUCUUCGUCUUUGCCAUAAGCUUUCGGUUGUGGAGUAAGCACUAGUUAUUAUGGCUUGUAAUAUUUCUCAUCGUAUUGAGCCCAUCCCCGAGGCCCUGAAAACCUGCAAGGCAAUCAUGAAAGUGUUUAACUUCAUCUGUGGCAAAGGCGGCGAAGUCGAAGUUUCAGAGCUUACAAGUCCCCCCUCUCCACUUCAAGGCCUUUCCUCUAUCUGCCUAGACAUGUGGCUUAAGUGGCGAAAUAAGGAGGCAGAAAACAACGAAAACUUUGUUUUCGUCUAUUGGAACGGCAACAGAAGUGUGCGAGUCAUUCUAAAGACAUAUCUUUGUGUAUCUUACGAGCAAGGUUUUUGUAAAAGUGGAAAUAGCUGUACCCGAUGGCAUAUAUGCAAAGGAUUUCUAGAAGGGAGUUGCACGGGUACCCACUGCGACAAAUCACAUGAUUUUCUUGACAAGGAUAAUCGUCAUAAAGCAGAAUGUUUGAAGGUGGAUCGCUUGCCUAAUGUUGUGAUUAAGAAGUUAGUUUUAAAAAGUCUUCCUUCUCUCUGUGAAAGUUAUAUCCGGGGAGAAAUAUGCCAUGACUGUCUGUCAGUUCACUUGUGUCCUGCAUUUCUUGCUGGUGAAUGUGUUUCACAGCAUUUACACAAAAGCAAAAAUUGGUAUUUUGCACAUAACAUUAAAAGUUUUAAAAAUACAUUUGUAUACAAUACUUUUCAGUUUCCUUCCAAACUCACUAUAAAUCAGAUCAAGUGCAAUCUUAUCGUGCCCCUGGAACUACAGGGAAAGAAAUGUCCAGGUGAAAUGAGUGAAGAGGCGAGUGCGACAACAGAUACAGAAAGCAUAAAGAGUAAGAAAUCUGGAGAUUUGACCUCAAGCAAAGUCAAUCAACAAGUUGGAUCUUCAAAUGAAGAUGAGAAGCUCAAUAAAGCACUGAAAUUGAUGAAUGUUAUUGCUUCCAAAGGAGGUUCAGAGAAAGUGAAAAGGCUCUUGCAGUCCCCGUCUCCCUUACAGUCUCACUCGUUCCAACAGCUAAAGGAGUGUAUAGAGACUCUGGCGGCAAACUCAGAAAAAGGUGCAGCCCAUUUGUCACUUUGUGGGAAACCCUCAAAGCCAAAUGAAGUUCAAAUAGUGUUUCAUUCAUUAAUGUGCUCCUAUUACCUGAAUGGAAAUUGCAGUCAAGGUGAAAACUGCCCUAGAUGGCAUAUCUGUAAGGGGUACAUAGAAGGACAGUGUAGCAAUAAGAACAACUGUCCGAAAUCUCAUAACUUCCAUGAUAUUGAAAACAUCAAGAAAACUGAGAAAUUCAACUUAAAGGCUCACCCAAGUGGUACUAUAAGAAAACUUGUUUCCCUCAACAUGCCGCACAUUUGUGAACAGUAUGUUGCAGGGAAAUGUGAUGAGAAGUGCUCUGGAAUCCAUGCUUGUCCUGGCUUUGUCAUUGAUGAAUGUGCUGAUGGUAACUGUCAACUGUCUCAUGACAUCAAGACACGGCAUAAUCAAGCUGUUUUCAAGUCACAUGGAGUUCCACCUACUUUGAUAGUGAAGUUCUUGAAGAGUAAUAUACUUGUCCCCCAAAGCCUACAAAAGCAAUCACUAUCAGACAGCCAAUCUGCUCUAAAUGAUCUAAAUUUGUUGGGCUCUGGACAAGAAGGAAAAUCCUCUGUCAACACACAACAAUUGCACACCAUGAAUAUUGAUGAUUCUGAACUCUCUCCAGAUGAUAAUGAUGAGUGUGACACCCAAAAACAACAGCAAAUAAGACAGAGAGGGAAGAAAAAUGAUGGUAAAGCGAAGGGUACAAAAAGAGAUGCGGAUUUUCAGCCUAAAAAUGCUCCCAAGCCACUAAUGAACAUUAUAACUGCCAACCCUACCAAGCUUCCAGACCUCCCAGGUGUGAGGGGACGAGGAAGGGGAGGUGGGCCAGGUAGGGAGAGCAAAGGUAGAGGUGGUUACCAAGGCAGUAGAGCCGCCCCUAGUGGUGGGUCAUCUGGAUAUAGUGUGGAGAAUGAGAAGCAACCACGAGGAAGAAGAUGGCGAAGGACAAGAGGCCGUAAAAAGCAGCACACUUCAGAUGAAGGAAGCAAUGCUGCUGAAAAUCCCCCUGAAUGUGAAACCUUCCAAGAUGAUGACAACCUGAUUGACUUCUCUGAUGAGGACAACAAGCUUGUUGAUCUGGAUGACUUUGAGUAUGUCGAUCAUGGUCUAAGCCAGUACUCAGAUUACGCCGUAGACGCAUCCCCCCUCAUCCCCCCAUCUGGAGCAGAGAAAUCAAGCAUGAGUACAAACAACUCCCUGGCUGAUGAUCUAUUCUCAUUAGAUCUCUCUCAGGGUACUUCAUCAUUUGAUUUUAGUCUCUCCCAAGAUUCUGAAGACUCUGUUUCUAACCCAUCAACCAAUUUUCAAGGGUUAGAGAAACAGGUCUUUGAUUGUUUAAUCAAGAUCUAUGGGGGCACUGCUUCAUUUUCAGCUCUUCUUUUGCACACUGAGCUCCUACCGCCUCCUUUAGAGUCUACGGAGAAUUGGCUGCGCAGGCGUCACUCAAGCUUCCUCCUCAAAGAAGAUGAGAAUGGGGACAUCCUUGAGGUCACUGCCAUUUCACUUAAGGCCAGAAUGUGCUUUCAGCACCUCAGCAGGUCUGGUGAAUGUAAGAAAUUCAACUGUCCUUAUCUCCACAUUUGUAAGGAGUAUGUUGCAAACGAUGAAUGCAGCUUUGGUGCAACUUGCAAGAGGAACCACAGCUUUCAAGGAGAACACAAUCAGAAGGUUGUGGCAGCGCUGAACCUGGAUGGACUGACAGAUGAACAGCUGCGUCUGUUGGUGCAGGCAUCACAGAUUCAAGUAUGCCUGGACCACAACAAGAAGCAAUGUAAGGCAGGAAAAAAAUGUAACCGCAUACAUGUCUGUAAGAAGUUCAUUCAGCGCAAGUGCAGGAGAAAAAACUGCUUCUUUAUGCAUGAGGGGGGAUUGAAAUCCUUACAUACCAAGGCUGUCCUACGUCGGUUCAAGAGAAAGGUUCCUCAAGACUCAGAACUCUUCCGUGUUAUGGGACAAGUUUUGGUCUGUGAUGACACAAGUGCUGAUGCUGCUGAUGAUGGCGAUGAUGACAUUUUGCUCGCUGCAGAGGAAGGGGGCCGAGAUGAAAAAGGUGUGGAUUCGAAAGUCCACAUACAUGCCAUGGAUAUUAAUGCAGAGAUCUGCCCCAAUUUUCUUCUUGGCAAAUGCAAAGAUGGAGUGAGAUGUUCACUCCACCACUGCCCGACUCCAUACCAGUGGAUCUACAGAGGUGAUAAGUCCUGGCAGGAUGACUGGCAUGCUAUUGGGAGCGUGGAUAACAUGAGGCUUGAGAAGCUUUACUCGGAUCCAAAGAUCCAACAAGCCAAGCUCAAGGUUUCUCUGGAUUUGUUAGAGACAAAUGAUGAUGAUGAGUAUCUAUUCAACUUCCAGUUGAUGGUUAUCUCUGUAUAUGGCAAGCAUGAUAUUGCCUGUCUAAAGCGCUUGUCAACUGGCUCAUCAGUGUAUUUCCCACCCAUUGAAUCUCCGAUUCCCCUUGCCACAACUUGGGUGUGGUACUGGAAGGAGAAUGAUUCUGUCUUCAUGGAGUAUGUGCCAAAGGAGGGCAAGGGGCCCGACUCCAGGGUACUAGAGAUGCAUUUCCAGGAUGGGGAUAAGCACUUUGACUUUCUCUGCAGUAAUGGUUACAACUACAGGAUUUUCUUCAAGAGACAACGGAUGUAUCAACAAAACCUAGAUAACCCUGGAUGGAAAUUGCGAAGGGUUGUGAGGAGACCCAAAAUUAUUGGCACAAAAGAUUUCAAGGAACACCAAAGCAAAGCACCAAUUGUCGUAAUGACAUCCCCUCGCCAGGUACCACCACACUGGAAACCUAUGCCAGAUGCACAAGAACUUUGCUUGGUUGAGUUAGAGUCUGAUUCAAGUGAAAACAAAGAUGUGCAAAGGCAUUUUAUGUCUUCCAUGAGACAACACCCAGGAAAGGUGAAAGUCCAAGCUAUCUCACGAGUGCAGAACCCUGAACUGUGGGAAAACUUCAUCAGAAAGAAAAGCCAAAUGAGUCGAAAGACCAAAGGUGAAGUGGAACAGCGAAGACUGUUUCGUGGAACUUCUGCGAUAGACAUCCGCAAUACAUGCAGGGAGAAUUUUGACUGGCGCUCAGAUGUCAAUGAAACUGGGAAUAUGUAUGGCGAAGGAGCAUAUUUUGCCAAAUCAGCACUCACUGGUGAUCAAUAUUCCACAGCUGAUGAAGAUGGCCUGCAAUACAUGUUUGUGGUGGACGCCCUGGUGGGAGAUUACACUGAGGGUGAACCUUCGUAUAGGAAGCCGCCACGCAAGGACUCUAACAACCCCAGCAGUGACCUAUUUGAUUCAUGCGUUGAUGAUGUCCAACACCCAGAGGUCUUUGUCAUGUUUGACCUGAACCAGUACUACCCGAGCUACCUCAUAGAGUAUAAAGUCACUGCGGCUGCCGCAUCCACUGCCAACACAGGGGGAGCUGCACUGUCUCUGGCUACUGGGCAAGGCAUUGGCCAUGUACCUCCCAGUAUUUCAUCUCUUCACUAUCCAGGAAGUACCCCUACUUAUCAGGGAGGUUCCCCUGCCUACCAUGGAGGAAAUUCUUCAGGUAACAUUUCCAGUAUAGGGAAUACACCGCCAUUUCUUGGAAGCAACACUCCCUAUUAUGGAAUUGCACCUUCUCCAGUCUACCAAGGUAGUCACACUGCCUCCUCUGGGAGUACCCCUGCUUACCUCGGAAGUGCCCCUUCAUCCCAGGGUGGUGCCAGACCCAGGACAACUGCACAAACACCCAGAAAUCAAGCAAAUUUUCAUAACACGAAGAAAGGAGAAUCUUGUUCUGUUAUGUGAUUUGGCUAGCUGCAUGAGGGUAGAACCGGAGUGAAGUGUUGUAGUUUAAGUGACAGUAGAUUAACCCAAAAUGACUGUUGCAUGCAGAUAUAACUGGAGUGAAGUGUUGUAGUUUAAGUGACAGUAGAUUAACCCAAAAUGACUGUUGCAUGCAGAUAUAACUGGAGUGAAGUGUUGUAGUUUAAGUGACAGUAGAUUAACCCAAAAUGACUGUUGCAUGCAGAUAUAACUGGAGUGAAGUGUUGUAGUUUAAGUGACAGUAGAUUAACCCAAAAUGACUGUUGCAUGCAGAUAUAACUGGAGUGAAGUGUUGUAGUUUAAGUGACAGUAGAUUAACCCAAAAUGACUGUUGCAUGCAGAUAUAACCGGAGUGAAGUGUUGUAGUUUAAGUGACAGUAGAUUAACCCAAAAUGACUGUUGCAUGCAGAUAUAACUGGAGUGAAGUGUUGUAGUUUAAGUGACAGUAGAUUAACCCAAAAUGACUGUUGCAUGCAGAUAUAACUGGAGUGAAGUGUUGUAGUUUAAGUGACAGUAGAUUAACCCAAAAUGACUGUUGCAUGCAGAUAUAACCGGAGUGAAGUGUUGUAGUUUAAGUGACAGUAGAUUAACCCAAAAUGACUGUUGCAUGCAGAUAUAACUGGAGUGAAGUGUUGUAGUUUAAGUGACAGUAGAUUAACCCAAAAUGACUGUUGCAUGCAGAUAUAACUGGAGUGAAGUGUUGUAGUUUAAGUGACAGUAGAUUAACCCAAAAUGACUGUUGCAUGCAGAUAUAACUGGAGUGAAGUGUUGUAGUUUAAGUGACAGUAGAUUAACCCAAAAUGACUGUUGCAUGCAGAUAUAACCGGAGUGAAGUGUUGUAGUUUAAGUGACAGUAGAUUAACCCAAAAUGACUGUUGCAUGCAGAUAUAACUGGAGUGAAGUGUUGUAGUUUAAGUGACAGUAGAUUAACCCAAAAUGACUGUUGCAUGCAGAUAUAACUGGAGUGAAGUGUUGUAGUUUAAGUGACAGUAGAUUAACCCAAAAUGACUGUUGCAUGCAGAUAUAACUGGAGUGAAGUGUUGUAGUUUAAGUGACAGUAGAUUAACCCAAAAUGACUGUUGCAUGCAGAUAUAACCGGAGUGAAGUGUUGUAGUUUAAGUGACAGUAGAUUAACCCAAAAUGACUGUUGCAUGCAGAUAUAACUGGAGUGAAGUGUUGUAGUUUAAGUGACAGUAGAUUAACCCAAAAUGACUGUUGCAUGCAGAUAUAACUGGAGUGAAGUGUUGUAGUUUAAGGUGACAGUAGUGUUACCCAAAGUGACUAUUGCAUGCAAAUGUAACUGGGAUGUGUAAUAAUUGAUUUUUUAUUUGUUUUAUUGUGAGGAUUACAAAAAGCAUACUACACUUUUAUUAUAAAAAAUAUAUUUCAUUAUUUGAACAAAGAAACAAAACUAGUCACCAAACCUGAACCUGUCACCAUAUUGUUAUGAUGGAGACAUAUCGUUUUGGUAUGUUCCCAUGAUUAACUGAAACAAAAGUAGCAAAUAGUGAGCAAAGUUGUUUCUGACAUUUCACAUUUGCCCAAACAGGCCAAGCAUUGCCUGCUUUCUUUUACCCUUACUGUAAAAGGAUAUCACAUUAAUAGCUUUGAGUGGUAAGUUGCACCAAGCAUUAUGUUUAGCCAACCCUUCUUUCUUGAUUCAUUACAAGAUCUUACCAUGAGUAGAGAUAGUGUAGAUGCUAGUAGUGUUGAUGGAUUUUGAUUUCCAUCUCUUUUUUUGUUGUUGUUGUUAAUGAUAAAAGAAGAUAAUAAAGAAAUACCCUCCAGUA